GAGCGGUGGCAUGCAAGCCGACGAAGGGACAGACUGGCUGCUGGAGCUGCUGACCGAGGUCCAGCUGCAGCAGUAUUUCCUGAGGAUCCGCGACGACCUCAACGUGACGCGGCUCUCGCACUUCGAGUAUGUCAAAAAUGAAGAUCUGGAGAAAAUUGGCAUGGGCCGUCCCGGUCAGAGGCGCCUCUGGGAGGCUGUGAAGAGGAAGAAGGCGAUAUGCAAACGGAAAUCCUGGAUGAGCAAAGUGUUCCUCGGGAAGAGGCCUGACUCGGAGUUCCAGUCGCCGCCGCCACCAGGCGGCCUGUGCAAACGAUCCACGCCACCCCCCGGGGAGGAGGGCCAGCAGCAAGCCCUGACCUGCCUGAUCAGCGAGAAAGACCUGGUGCUCUUCGAGAAGCUGGGCGACGGCUCCUUCGGGGUGGUGCGGCGCGGGGAGUGGUGUGCGCCCUCCGGCAAGACGCUCAACGUGGCCGUGAAGUGUCUCAAGACUGACGUGCUGAGCCAGCCGGAAGCCCUGGACGACUUCAUCCGGGAGGUCAACGCCAUGCAUUCCCUGGACCACAGGAACCUCAUCCGCCUGUAUGGGGUGGUGCUUUCGAACCCCAUGAAGAUG